AUGGAAGCAGUCGAACAAAUUCUUGUUACUGGUGCGACAAGAUUAUUGAAAAAUUUGGGUUCUAUUGUUGGUCAACAGAUUACCGUGGCUUGGGGUGUUGAAGGUGAGCUGAAAAGGCUUAAUGAUACCUUGGAGAUGAUUGCAGCUGUAACUUCUGAUGCUGAAAACAAGCAAGUUAACAACACUUCCGUUGGACUUUGGUUAAGAUGGCUCAGAGAUGUUGUGUAUGAUGCGGAUGACGUUCUGGAUGAGUUCUCUUAUGAAGCUAUACGUCGAUCUGAAAUUCACCGCAAGAGAAAUCAGGUACUAGACUUUUUUUCAUCCUCAAACAAAUUCGCUUUUCGUAACAAGAUGGUUGGUAAAAUUGAAGAUAUUAAUAAAAGACUAGAUGAAAUUUCUAAUACUAUGGUCAAGUUUCAGUUGCAAACAUUUAAUCCUUAUUAUGAUGAUCUAAAUAAUAAGCCACAAGACCGGGAAACAUUUCACUUCGUUGAUGAACUAAAAAUUGUAGGAAGAGAGAAUGAUAAGUUAGCCAUAGUAAAGAUGUUAAUGCAUCUGGAGACAUCAUCAUUGGUAAAUACUAGUCAUCAAGAAAAUGUUUCUGUCGUAUCUAUUCUGGGUAUGGGGGGAAUCGGGAAGACCACACUUGCUCAGCUGGUCUACCAAGAUGACUCCAUAAAGAGACACUUUGAACUUAGAGCUUGGGUUCGUGUGUCUGACGAUUUUGACAUCUUCAAAAUCGUAAAAAACAUUAUCGAGUCUGUCACAGAUAAAAUGUGUCCCGAUGUGUCAAAUGUAAGUGUCUUGGCUGGUAUGGUGCAAGAGAAUCUGAAGGGAAAAAGAUAUUGUUGA